GACUCUCUCUCUCUCUAUCUCACUUAUAUAGAAAGAGUUGGAGAGAAACAGUAAAGAUUCUUACUCGAAAUCCCAAAUUUCUCAAUCCCCAUCACUGAAAAGAUCGAUAGAUAGAAGGAGAUCAAGAGAAGAAAAUCCAAUCUUAAGCGCAGACCAUCUAUAUCCUGUUGUUUUUCGACUUCGAAUGGUUAAAUCUGAAUCCAACAUUUCACCUUACCAUUUUUCAUCUAUACCCACAUAAUGAUCUCUGUGAUUGCUGAUUUCCCGGGUUGAUUUUACUUCGGCAGAGAUGAACGGUGUUAACCCAGAUGGUGUUGCUACUCAUGCGGGUCCCCAAACGCCGCUCGAGUGGAAAUUCUCACAAGUCUUCGGCGAACGGUCAGCAGGGGAAGAGGUUCAAGAAGUUGAUAUCAUUUCAGCUAUAGAGUUUGAUAAGACUGGUAACCAUCUUGCUACGGGUGAUCGUGGGGGUAGAGUUGUAUUGUUUGAAAGAAGUGAUAACAAGGAUAAUGGUGGUAGCAGAAAGGAUUUGGAAAAGAAAGACAAUUCAGUUAGUAGGCAUCCAGAGUUCCGCUACAAAACAGAAUUUCAGAGUCAUGAACCAGAGUUUGAUUAUCUCAAGAGUUUGGAGAUUGAAGAGAAAAUCAACAAAAUCAGAUGGUGCCAGACAGCUAAUGGCUCCCAAUUUAUGCUAUCUACUAAUGAUAAAACCAUAAAAUUUUGGAAGGUUCAAGAAAAGAAGGUCAAGAAAAUCUCUGAGAUGAAUAUAGAUCCUUCAAAAACUGCUGGAAAUGGUAUUGUUGGUGGUUCAAGCAACUCUUCUGCCCCUAAAUCAUCCCUUGCAAAUGGUGGUUACCCUGACAGAUGUUGCAGUAGUCUGGCCAGUGACUUCACAUUCCCACCAGGCGGAAUUCCAUCUCUACGAUUACCAGUGGUAGUUGUAACAAGUCAUGACAUCAGCCUUGCAGCAAGAUGCAGAAGGGUAUACGCUCAUGCACAUGAUUAUCACAUCAACUCUAUUUCAAGUAAUAGUGACGGUGAAACAUUUAUAUCUGCUGAUGACCUACGGAUAAACCUUUGGAACUUGGAAAUUAGCAAUCAAAGCUUUAAUAUUGUUGAUGUGAAGCCUACAAAUAUGGAGGACCUAACUGAGGUUAUAACAUCGGCAGAGUUUCAUCCUACUCAAUGUAAUACAUUGGCGUAUAGUAGUUCAAAAGGAUCGAUUCGCCUUAUUGAUUUGCGUCAAUCAGCUCUAUGUGAUACCCACACUAAAUUGUUUGAGGAACAUGAGGCACCUGGUUCACGGUCUUUCUUCACUGAAAUAAUAGCAUCGAUUUCAGAUAUAAAAUUUGGAAAGGAUGGAAGGUACAUUCUGAGUCGUGACUAUAUGACACUUAAGUUGUGGGACAUUAAUAUGGAUUCGGGGCCAGUGACAACAUUUCAGGUUCAUGAACAUCUUAGACCCAAGCUAUGUGAUCUGUAUGAAAACGAUUCCAUCUUUGAUAAAUUUGAGUGUUGCUUGAGUGGAGAUGGUCUCCGAGUGGCAACUGGUUCAUAUAGCAAUCUUUUCCGAGUGUUUGGGUCUUCUUCCGGAAGCACAGAAGCAACUGCACUGGAAGCUAGCAAAAAUCCCAUGAGGAGACAAACUCCAACUCCAACUAGGCCAUCCCGAUCGAUUAGUAGUUUGACACGAGUUGUCAGACGAGGAGCAGAUAACCAAGGAGUGGAUACAAAUGGGAAUGCUUUUGAUUUCACUACGAAAUUGCUCCACUUAGCCUGGCACCCGAAAGAAAACUUAAUUGCAUGUGCCGCAGCUAACAGCCUAUACAUGUAUUACGCAUGAAGAAACAAACACACUCACCUUUUUUUUCACCAAACCGUAAAACAAGCCUCCAACAAUUUCUCUAAAGGAAAAAGAAACGAAGGAUUUUCUCUAACGGAUGCAACUGAUGACGAGAGGCUAACCAACAUCAAUUUGCCGGCGCAGAAUUUUCAAUGAGCUGCCAAUCAAUGUGUUCCCUAGCCUCUCUAAUAAGCAGGUUGCGUUGCGAUCCACUUUUUAUUUUUAAUUUAAUUUUAGUGAUUUUCUUUAUAUGAUAUUAUUAUUGUUAUUGUUAUAUUCUUAAAAAAGAAACUUGCAAAAUGCUUAUGGAGGUUUUGGGAGAAAUGGUUAGGUUUGGUUUGGUUUGGUUUGUAGCUGUUUAUUUGACUCUUUUCUUAUGGGUUUUGUGCUAAUGUUGCUACCAGCACAAAGAUUGUUUGGAGAGAAUGUACUUUUUUUCUUAGUUUUGUUAUUAUUAUAGUUUCCCUUCUUUUGCCAUUACCCAAACAUGAUUCUUUGUAAACCAUAUUGAAUUAUGCAUUUAGAACUUAUUUUCUUUCUUUUUUUGUUGCA